CCUGUCAUUCAGGAAUUGCCAGGUAAGCGUGAACUAUUACUAUAUAAUCAGAAGUGUGAGUGUGUUUGUACGAUGUGUGCACACAUUUGUACACAAGGGUUUGUCCAGGCCUCCAGGACACGGUGGCUUACUGGCCAGCCCUGCUGUCCUGUAUCUAGGUCUGAUCCCUUCUCUCCUGCAGGCCCAGGUGGGUGGCAGAGCAAAGGAGGAAUGGACUGUGGGCCACCUGCUACCCUCCAGCCCCACCUGGCUGGGCCACCUGGCACUGCCCGCCACCCAGUAGCUGUGUGCCAGCAGGAGAGUCUGUCCUUUGUGGAGCUCCCCACCCUGCAGCCUCCCAGCCCUGUGUGUUUGGACCUUUUCCCUGUUGCCCCCGAGGGGCUGCGGGCUCCUGGCAGCCGCUGGUCCCUGGGGACCCCUGCCCCUCUCCAAGGGCUGCUAUGGCCAACAUCCCGAGGAGGCCCAGAUACAGAGACCUCCACCAGUGGAGGAAUGAGGCCCAGCAGGGCUGGCAGCUGGCCACACUGUCCUGCUGCCCAGCCCCCAGCUCUGGAGGGACCCUGGAGUCCCCAGCAUCCACAGCCGCAGCGCCGGGCCAGCCAUGGCUCUGAGAAGAAGUCAGCCUGGCGCAAGAUGCGGGUGUACCAGCGUGAAGAGCCCGCUGGCAGCCUGGAGGCCCACGCUGUCUUCCUGGAGCCUGGCCAGGCGGUGCAGGAGCAGGCCCUGGGCACAGAGGAGCCUAGACCACGGGAGCUGCCUGGGUGCACCCGAGCAAACCUCGAAGGGCCUGAGCGGAGGCGCUUCUCAGCGUCUGAGCUGAUGACCCGUCUGCACUCUUCUCUGCGCCUGGGGCGGAAUUCAGCACCCAGGACACCGAUCCCCGGAUCAGGCACUGGAGCAGCCCGGGAAGGGAAAGCAUUUGGAAGGGAGUCUCGAGGUGUAGAGAUGCGGGUGGACAGUGUGUCGCUGCCAGCCCCUCUUGACUCAAGCGAGGGCCAUGGCGGUUGGCCCGAGCCCAGGCUAGAUGCGCAAGAAGAGCCGCCGUUGAGUACCAGGAGCGCCAGUGAGCGGCGCCAGUCACGAUUCCUCCUUAACUCCGUUCUCUACCAGGAGUACAGCGACGUGGCCAGCGCCCGCGAACUGCGGCGGCAGCAGCGCGAGGAGGAGGGCCCUGGGGACGAGGCCGAGGGCGCCGAGGAGGGGCCCGGGCCGCCGCGCGCCAACCUCUCCCCGAGCAGUUCCUUCCGCGCGCAGCGCUCGGCGCGCGGCUCCACCUUCUCGCUGUGGCAGGACAUCCCCGACGUGCGCGGCAGCGGCGUGCUGGCCACGCUGAGCCUGCGCGACUGCAAGCUGCAGGAGGCCAAGUUUGAGCUGAUCACGUCCGAGGCCUCCUACAUCCACAGCCUGUCGGUGGCCGUGGGCCACUUCUUAGGCUCUGCCGAGCUGAGUGAGUGUCUAGGGGCGCAGGACAAGCAGUGGCUGUUUUCCAAACUGCCCGAGGUCAAGAGCACCAGCGAGAGGUUCCUGCAGGACCUGGAGCAGCGGCUGGAGGCAGAUGUGCUGCGCUUCAGCGUGUGCGACGUGGUAUUGGACCACUGCCCGGCCUUCCGCCGAGUCUACCUGCCCUACGUCACCAACCAAGCCUACCAGGAGCGCACCUACCAACGCCUGCUCCUGGAGAACCCCAGGUUCCCCAGCAUCCUGGCUCGCCUGGAGGAGUCUCCUGUGUGCCAGCGUCUGCCCCUCACCUCCUUCCUCAUCCUGCCCUUUCAGAGGAUCACCCGCCUCAAGAUGCUGGUGGAGAACAUCCUGAAGCGGACGGCACAGGGCUCUGAAGACGAAGACAUGGCUACCAAGGCCUUCAACGCACUCAAGGAGCUGGUGCAAGAGUGCAACGCCAGUGUGCAGUCCAUGAAGAGGACAGAGGAGCUCAUCCACCUGAGCAAGCGGAUCCACUUUGAGGGCAAGAUCUUCCCGCUGAUCUCUCAGGCCCGCUGGCUGGUUCGGCAUGGGGAGCUGGUGGAGCUGGCACCACUGCCCGCAGCACCUCCUGCCAAGUUGAAGCUGUCCAGCAAGGCCGUCUACCUGCACCUCUUCAAUGACUGCUUGCUGCUCUCCCGGCGGAAGGAGCUGGGGAAGUUUGCUGUUUUCGUCCACGCCAAGAUGGCCGAGCUGCAGGUGAAGGACCUGAGCUUGAAGCUGCAGGGCAUCCCCGGCCACGUGUUCCUCCUCCAGCUUCUCCACGGGCAGCGCACGAAGCACCAGUUCCUGCUGAGGGCCCGGACUGAAAGUGAGAAGCAGCGAUGGAUCUCAGCCUUGUGCCCCUCCAGCCCCCAGGAGGACAAGGAGGUCAUCAGUGAGGGGGAAGACCACCCCCAGGUUCAGUGCGUUAGGACGUACAAGGCACUGCAGCCGGAUGAGCUGACCUUGGAGAAGACUGACAUCCUGGCAGUGAGGACCCGGACCAGUGACGGCUGGUUGGAAGGGGUCCGCCUGGCAGAUGGCGAGAAGGGGUGGGUGCCCCAAGCCCACGUGGAAGAGAUCAGCAGCCUCAGUGCCCGCCUCCGAAACCUCCGGGAGAACAAGCGGAUCACGAGUGCCACCAGCAAACUGGGGGAGCCCCCCGCGUGAUGGGUGGCUGUGGCCUGGGACAGCUCUGGAGGGGGCCUGCAGUGUCUCCAUGCCCCAGGCCACUGCUGCUGGCACUUCUGUUCCGAGGCCCUGGCAUUGAGGGCACAGGCUGGACACAGGAGCAGGGGCCUCCAAAGGGUCUCCCCUGUCCUCACGAUCCUCAGUGUCCACACUUCAAGGCCGAGGGCGGUUUCUUUGUCUGGCAUGGGGGCCACAACAGGUGACUGCUGAUAUCUGGCAAGGACUGGGGCCCUCUCCUCAACCCUGCCUGACUCUUGGUCCCUCUGGCAGGGGCCUGGCCAGGGAGUGCUCCAGUGCCCAUGGGUGCUAGGACCUGUAUGUAUCUGGGGUCUUCACUACCACCUCCCCUGGCCAGAGCCCUGAGUGGGUGCUGGUUGCUGUGACUUGUCUGUAAAUAAACUCCCAUCAUGCCUUUG